ACGCGAGCUUGGGCACCUUGCCCACCCGAACACCACAGGCCGAGGGUGGAGGUGAGAUUUGGGUACUUCGGGGGACUACCUUGCCCCCAGAGGGCCCCUAGUGACCACCUUCCUGGCUCGAAGACCUAGGUGUCCUGCCCUCCCGCCCUCCUCCCCCAAACCUCACUUCCAGACGCGGGAGAACCAGAUGAAGUGUUACGCAAGGCCUGAUGUUUACCUCCCGCAGGGGCCUCCGCCCCUCCCUAUAAAGCCUGACGUGGUGGGGAGAUUGGCAGAGACUGACACUGGUUGAAGAGAGAGGCCAUCCCAAGAAAGGGGCAGAAAAGCGUCAGAAGAUUAAUGCGGGAGACGGAGAGAGGGGCAUCAACUCAGCAAGCAGCAGGAGCGGUCCGCCAUCUGCGCGCUCGAAGGCGGUCGCGGUGGUCGCGGAAAGGACGGCGCCCAGACACUGGCUUCCCAUGGAGGCGCCCGAGCUGGGCCCGGGGUUGGUGGAGCGUCUGGAGCAGCUGGCGACGUGCCCGCUGUGCGGGGGCCCCUUCGAGGACCCAGUGCUCCUGGCGUGCGAGCACAGCUUCUGCCGUGCGUGCCUGGCCCGCCGCUGGGGGACCCCGCCCGCGGCCGGCACCGAGGCGUCCCCCACUGCCUGCCCCUGCUGCGGCCUGCCGUGUCCCCGCCGCAGCCUGAGGUCUAAUGUGCGGCUGGCGGUGGAGGUGCGGAUCAGCCGCGGGCUGCGGGAGAAGCUGGCCGAGCCCGGGGCCCGCGCGGGGAGACGCCGAGGGGGCCGCAUCCCCACCAUGGGCAGCCUCGACCCGCACGGAGAGGAUAUGAGGAAGAUGUGGAGAAGAGUUGAUGCCCCAACACCCAAGUCAUCUAACUCGGAGGACGAGCUCCCUGAAGACUACCCAGUGGUGAAAAACAUGCUUCACAGACUGACCGCCGACCUGACCUUGGAUCCUGGCACCGCACACCGCCGCCUGCUCAUCUCUGCGGACUGCCGCACUGUCAGACUGGCCCCACCAGGAACACCUGCGCCCCCUGACAGCCCAGCGCGCUUCGAUCAGCUCCCAGCGGUGCUGGGCGCGCAGGGCUUCCAGGCUGGCCGCCACUGUUGGGAGGUGGAGACCGUGGACUCUGCCUCCUGCGGAGGCUCUUCCGGGGAGGAUGAGGACGAUGGGGAGAGUCGCUAUGCCUUGGGCGCGGCAGGAGAGUCGGUGCGACGCAAGGGCCGUGUUGGGCUGUGCCCCGCGGGCGCCGUGUGGGCCGUGGAAGGCCGGGGUGGCCGCCUGUGGGCACUCACGGCACCAGAGCCCACCCCGCUGGGCGGCGCUGGGCCCCCACCCCGGCGGAUUCGGGUGGACUUGGACUGGGAGCGGGGCCGCGUGGCCUUCUAUGACGGCCGCUCGCUCGACCUGCUCUUUGCCUUCCAGGCACCUGGCCCCCUAGGGGAACGCGUCUUCCCGCUGCUCUGCACCCGAGACCCCCGCACCCCACUGCGCAUCGUGCCAGCAGAAGGCUGAGAAACUCGCCCACAACCUCGUUCUAGUUUGGCCCACAGCGAGGCUGCUUCCUCUUGUGCUCGGAAAUCCCUCCUCAUUCCAGGCAUCGAGUCCACACUCCCGCAACCGCCCGAGUGUUGAUAAACACUCCCACCCACCCACAAUGUCUCUCUUCUCCCAAAUACUAAGACCUCAACUGGCCUCCAGUUUUCACAUCCACUCCCAAAGCCGGACCCAUUCUCGCCCUUCCCCGCCCCUCCCGCCCACUUCUUGUGAUACCUCGAGGAACGCUUCCCCCAGCAGCUACCCAGCACUCCCCAAGUGCUCACUCCCCUGGUACCUUACACUGUUCGGGCCUGAGUUAGGGAACACACCUGCUUCAUCAGAACUGGUAAAGGGCCCAUGUUUACUACGGAGAGUCCCUCCUAGUCAAAUCUUUACCUCCCACUUGUGCCUCUCCUAGUCUCAAAGGGCCCAACGCCUUCCCUAGUUUUAAGGAUUGGGUUUUCCUGCCCUGUCCACUCGCAGGUUCUCAAGGGAAGUAAGACCUUCCUAAAAAUCAAGUGGCUUGACUCUGUCUGGGACUUAGGGCUCUCUAGGAAGGUUAAUAAUGUGGGGUUUUUUUGGGGGGGUGGGGGGUCAUACCCCACCAUGACUUCUUUCCAUGUCCAUAGAUUUUUCCCAUUAAGAACCAUCUUUAAAUUCCCCCUGCACAUACUCACAGUAAGGAACCAAUGGUGCUACCUCUCCUUUCCUCAACCAGGGAGUGGCCCAGACACCCCAAUCCAUCCUUGUAUAUAGCCCUCACAUUGUUCCCCAUGUGUAUAAAUGGGCCCGUAUUUAACACGUUUUGUGAUGUUGGGUUAUUUAUUUUGUGCAUCUGUGGCAAUAAAUGAGAUCUCUAUGGUGGUAUGGAUUUGACCAAUCUCUACACUUGUGCACGGCAAAAGUCCUGGGGAAUGAUAUUUAGAUCCCAGUAAGAAGGGGAGGGCCAAGAGAGUCAGACAUCUGGACUGGCAAAAACACGAAAGCCUAAGAAGAAAGAGGUAAGAGAUGGGAAGAUAGCCCCAUCUCUUUGCUCCCUUUUCCUUCCUCUUUCAGGAACCCAGGCCCCUGGGACUAGGUCGGAUCUGUCUCCAAAGCUGGAAGACUACUCUUGAAGCCAGCUUUGUCAGAAAUCCUAGAUCACAUAAGAAAGGUUAAGAGAGAGGACAUGACUAUUUAUUUUUUCAUUUUCCAUUAAAGGUGAGAAUGACAAAGAACUCUCUCUCUCCUAACUCCUCUUGAGGGUCAGGGGUGUGGGAAGGAGGGGAGGGGAAGGGCUGGGAGCCCUCCCAUAGUACCUCACAUACCACAGGCAAGGACUAAGAGUUAGGACUAUAUAAAUACAUAAGUGGAUGAGCUCUAAGCCAGCCGUAACAAGCAUAGCUGGGGCAACAUUGCCUGGAAUCUGACUGGGACCCUGGCAGUGAAAGCUGGGGCUGUUGGAAACCCAAGUUAAGUGUUUGGGACUCAAGUAGAGAGCGCAGGGGGCCAAGACAACUGGAUCCCAGGACUGGCAG